AUGGAAGAUUUAGCAACAAAAAAUGCAUGUAGAGGAGUAAAUGGACAGUCCAGAACAGAGGAAUCACCUCCUGCUCCUCACAGUAUUGACUCAUGCUGUGGAUCCUGGCUGAAAAUCAUCAAGCUCUGUGUACCGGUGGACUACAAGAAUGAAAUUGUUCAGUUUUUAAAACUGUCAGGACCCAUGUUCAUUUCACACUUGAUGAGCUUCUUGAUCGGCUUCGUCAGCAUGGUAUUCUGCGGUCACUUGGGGAAAACAGAGCUGGCAGGGGUGGCAUUAGCAACAGCAGUAAUAAAUGUCACAGGCAUUUCCAUCGGCUGUGGUUUGGCAUCAGCAUGUGAUACUCUCAUAUCUCAGACCUAUGGGAGUGGUAACCUAAAACGUGCAGGAGUGAUACUGCAGAGGGGAGUUUUGAUUCUUCUCUUAGCCUGUUUCCCCUGCUGGGCUGUCCUCAUUAACACUCAGUCAAUUCUUCUGGCUGUCAGGCAGAGCGCAGAGGUGGCCAGACUCUCCCAGCUGUAUGUGAAGAUCUUUAUGCCGGCUCUGCCAGCUGCCUUCAUGUACCAGCUGCAGGGGAGGUAUCUUCAGAAUCAGGGCAUCAUCUGGCCCCAGGUGAUAUCUGGAACCAUGGGGAAUGUUUUAAAUGCCAUAAUCAAUUACAUCUUCUUCAGUCUUCUGGAUCUGGGGGUUGCUGGAUCUGCAGCUGCCAAUGCCAUCUCACAGUAUUCCUUGGCUGUGUUCUUGUUUGUUCACAUCUGCGUCAGAGGACUGCACAAACCAACAUGGGACGGUUGGACACAAGACUGCCUGCAGGAGUGGGGUCCUUUCCUCCACCUGGCCUUCCCCAGCAUGCUAAUGUAUUGUCUGGAGUGGUGGUUGUAUGAGAUCGCAGGGUUCCUAGCAGGCAUCAUCAGUGAAGUUGAGCUGGGAGCUCACUCUAUUGUUUAUGAACUAGCGGCUAUCGCUUACAUGUUUCCAAUGGGUUUGUCUGUCACUGCCAGUGUUCGGGUUGGAAAUGCUCUUGGUGCUGGGAACACAGAGCAAGCCAAGCUGUCCAGCAAAGUUGCCCUCAUCUGUGCAUUUACUUUCUCAUGUUUCAUUGGAGCUUGUCUUGGCGUGUCUAAGGAUGUGAUUGGUUACAUAUUCACCACAGAGAAAGACAUUAUUCAGAGGGUGGCUGAUGUCAUGAAGAUGUACAGUUUCAUCCAUGUUGCUGAUGCCCUUGCGGGAGUGUUAGGAGGUAUUGUCAGGGGGGCAGGGAAGCAAAUGAUUGGUGCUGUGUGUAGCUUGGUGGGUUACUACUUGAUUGGGUUCCCCAUUGGAGUGUAUUUGAUGUUCCCUGUCAAAAUGGGCAUUGUAGGGCUGUGGUUAGGGUUUUUAAUUUGUCUUUUUGUAGAGUCCAUUUUUUUUAUAGUUUUCCUGUAUAAACUAAACUGGAAGAAAGUCACUGAAGAGGCGCAGGUAAGAGCAGGAGUCAACAUAAAAGAGAGGAACAAUAUCUUUGGGAUAGAAAACAAGGCCCUGGACUCUGGUGAGGAACAGGCCCAUAAAGAGACCAGUCCAUCCAACUCCCUGAGUCCAGUAGAGGGGAGGCUGGAAGUGCUCUGUGCAGGUCAGCAGACUUCAAAUGACGUGGCUCUGUCAGUCAGGCAGCUGGUGGUGCGACGUGGCCUCGCUGUGCUGCUCAUGUUUGUCAUCCUCGCUGCUGGAGUCUUCAUCAGCGAGCUGCUCAUCAGACUGCUCAAAUUAGACAAGUGACCAUUAUUAGAUCACAUGUGUGCUGCACAAACACAAAGCUCUGGGAGUCUGCCUUUCAGAUGAGGGUUCAGACGCAUCUUCAUGUUCAACAGUAAAGCAUGUCAUGUAGACACACAUGUGUACACACGCAAUGGACAGAAAAAUAAUAUUACUACAAUAUGUUCUUGAAGUUCUGACUGCAGCCACAAUUUUGGGUGUUAAAAGUUUAAGUGAUUAUGACGACAGAGAAGAAACAGCUCCCAUUUUAAUAUUGGCCCGUGAAGCAUUUUGUAAUGACAAAUUUCACUUCCACACUCCCACUUUAAAACUUCAGGCCAUUUAUUGUGCACUGAUGAUGGGGAAUGACUAAUUAAUUGCAGAGCUUUAUACAAGCACAGAUGUUUUAAGUGGAAUCUUUCCACAGUUUUGAAAACUGUUGGAGGUGAAACUCAUUAGUACUUUAUUUCCUGUCAUUCCUUCAUGCGCAAGGGAUUGUCUUGGAGUUAUAUUAUAAUAGUAUUUCCUGUCAUUUUUUAGGUCUUUAUUGUUUUCAUCUAUUUAAUAGAUCAAACCCAGUCACUUUUUUAGUUGUUACAUGAGUCAUAUUUUGGAAAAUCUAAUAGGAAAUAUGACAUGAAAUGAGGCAGCAAAUGAAAAGCUCAACUGAAAAAAUACUGUAUAGACACGUCUCCUUUAUAUAGAAACAUGCUGUGUAAGAUGGGCUCUAAUCAAGACACUGACGAAAUAUAUGUUCUCAUUAUGAAACAUCUGAAUGGAUUCCACAAUUAGAAAUAGCAUGAUUAAAUGCUAUAUUUAGGAUACCUCGCAUCUGUGGAUGUGUGCUUUCAUCAUCAAAGAAAGAAAAGCUUCUCUUUUUUUAUGGUUUAUUUUUCUUUCCUUUGAUCUGUGUUGCCAAAAUUGAUGAUAAUGAAAGGUCUGUACGCUCACUCUGCAACAUACUGGCUGGAUGAAGACAUGUCAAACUGAGCAAAUCAACCACCUGUUCACUCUGUGGAGGAGCAGAUAACUAGCUAGCUCAGGCUUCACAGUUAUAGCCUGCUCAUAAAUAAAGAAUCCACUCCUGUUGACAGCAAACAAUUACCCACGUAUGAUUUUCUGAAAUGUACAUGUAUCAUGUUUCGCUACAUCCAUUAAAGCAAUGGCUCAACA